UCAGUCUCUCAUGAUCUAUGGAUCCUGUCCGUCGUAACUCCCGUCCGACACGUUCCUUUUUUGGUCAGGGGAAUGCAUGACGUCAUUUGGGAAGCGCUAGUGUGUUGAGCGCGUUCGGGCUGAAAGGUGGGGUGCCUGACGGAACGCAAAAGAGCGUCGCCGCGCGCCAAUCCGCAGCGCGAUCAGACGCCGGAUUCGGUUCCCUCAUUGGCCAGGGGGCGGCGAGUCUGUUUUUGUCGCGGAUUCGGUUGAUCACUCAGCGGCCAGUUCGCAGCAACGCCGUCUCCUAGUAGUCGUCCGAUGGGGAGUGAGACUUGAAGGUUUCUCCGUUUGAGUGGAGUACCCGCGACAGAAGACAGUUGGAUAGCGUUGUCCUUGAGACUAAACGUCAUUUAAGGAAAUUAACAGACAGAGCCAGUGUCGGGAGUGUCGGGCGCGUGCAUUUUUUCUUAUUUGGCCUGAGGAUUUGUUGAGUUUUCAUGAUGCCGGUGUUCCACACGAAGACGAUAGAGAGUAUUCUUGAGCCCGUGGCUCAGCAGAUCUCCAACUUGGUCAUCAUGCACGAAGAGGGCGAAGUUGAUGGCAAAGCGAUACCGGACCUCACCGGACCGGUGGCUGCUGUGCAAGCCGCCGUCAGCAACCUUGUACGGGUGGGGAAGGAGACAGUCCAAACAACAGAGGAUCAGAUUAUGAAGAGAGACAUGCCUUCUGCCUUUAUUAAAGUGGAGAAUGCCAGUGCUAAGCUGGUGCAGGCGGCUCAGAUGUUGAAGGCGGACCCGUACUCUGUCCCUGCCCGAGAUCACUUGAUUGACGGCUCACGGGGUAUCCUGUCCGGCACGUCAGACCUUCUGCUCACCUUUGAUGAGGCAGAGGUGCGUAAGAUCAUCCGUGUGUGUAAGGGGAUUCUGGAGUACCUGACUGUGGCAGAGGUGGUGGAGAGUAUGGAGGACCUGGUGACCUACACAAAAAACCUGGGGCCAGGAAUGACCAAGAUGGCCAAGAUGAUCGAUGACCGGCAGCAGGAGCUCACCCACCAGGAACACCGCAUCAUGCUGGUCAACUCCAUGAACACGGUCAAGGACCUUCUGCCUGUGCUCAUCUCAGCCAUCAAGAUCUUUGUGACGACGCGGAGUGGGGGGGGGCAGGGGGUGGAGGAGGCGCAGAAGAACAGGAUCUACACCUUCCAGAAGAUGAGUGCCGAGAUCACCGAGAUCAUCAGAGUGCUGCAGCUCACCUCAUGGGACGAGGACGCAUGGGCCAACAAGAAGGAUAUGGAGGCCAUGAAGAGAUCUCUGGCUCUGAUCGACGCUAAGAUGGCUCUGGCUAAAGCCUGGCUCAAAGACCCCAAUGGCAUGCCAGGGGAGGCCGGUGAGCAGGCGGUGCGGGGGCUCCUGGACGAGGUGGGGAAGGUGGGGGAGCUUUGCGCUGGGAAGGAGCGCCGGGAGAUUCUGGGUGCGGGGAAAGCGCUCGGACAGAUGACUGACCAGGUGUCUGACCUCAGAGCAAGAGGUCAGGGCCCCACCCCGGGGGGGAUGCAGAAGGCCGGUCAGGUGUCCCAGGGGCUGGACGUGCUGGUGGGGAAGGUGGACGGUGCUGCGCGGAGGCUGGAGGCCCUCAUCAACGCCAAGCAGGCCAUCGCCAAGAGGAUGGACGCCGCACUGAGCUGGCUGGCGGACCCUAACGGAGGUCCAGAGGGUGAGGAGAACAUUCGGGCGCUGCUGGCUGAGGCCAAGCGUGUUGCAGACAUGUGUGAGGACCCGCGCGAGCGUGACGACAUCAUGCGCUCCAUCGGCCAGAUCGCCGGCCUCACCGCCAAACUGGUGGAGCUGCGCAAACAGGGGAAGGGGAGCAGCCCAGAGGCGCGAGCGCUGGCCAAGCAGGUCGGGGAGGCUCUGCAGACCCUGCAGGUGAAGGUCAACCGCGCCAUCGCCAACAUGAGGCCGUCCAAAGCCGCGCUCACGCUGGAGGGCAAGAUGGACCAGGCCAUACGCUGGAUCAACAACCCCAGCGCUGAUGACGGUGGAGUGGGUCAGGCAGCAAUCCGGGGUCUGGUAGCGGAGGGCCGUCGCCUUGGCAACUCGUUGCCCGCUCCUUACCGGCAAGACCUGCUGGGCCGCUGUGACCGCGUCGAGCAGCUGAUGAUGACGCUGGCUGACCAGGCCGCCCGCGGGGAGGCCGACACUCCACAGGCCCGCGCUGUUGCUGCCCAACUACUGGAGUCCCUCAAGGACCUGAAGUGUAAGAUGCAGGAGGCCAUGACGCAGGAGGUGUCUGAUGUGUUCAGUGACACCACCACCCCCAUCAAACUACUGGCUGUAGCUGCAACCGCCCCCCCAGAGGCACCUAACAGAGAGGAGGUGUUUGAGGAGAGAGCCUCUAACUUUGAGAAUCAUGCCAACCGUCUGGGUGCCACUGCUGAGAAGGCUGCUGCCGUAGGAACAGCCAAUAAGACGACAGCCGAGGGCAUCCAGGCUGCAGUGAAGUCCGCCAGGGAACUGACACCUCAAGUGGUAUCUGCUGCUUGUAUCCUGCUGAAGAACCCAGGCAACCAGCCAGCAUAUGAGCACUUUGAGACCAUGAAGAACCAGUGGAUUGAUAACAUAGAGAAACUCACAGGUUUGGUGGAUGAGGCCAUCGACACCAAGUCGCUCCUGGAUGCCUCUGAAGAGGCCAUUAAGAAGGACAUUGAUAAAUGUCGCGUUGCCAUGGCGAACGUGCAGCCUCAGAUGCUGGUUGCCGGGGCGACGAGCAUUGCACGGCGGGCCAAUCGGAUCCUGCUGGUGGCCAAGCGAGAAGUGGAGAACUCAGAGGACCCCAAAUUCAGGGAGAUGGUCAAGGCGGCAUCAGACGAGCUCAGCAGGACCAUCUCGCCCAUGGUGAUGGACGCCAAGGCCGUGGCUGGCAACAUCCAGGACCCAGGUCUGCAGAAGAACUUCCUGGACUCAGCCUACAGGAUCCUGGCAGCCGUGGGGGGAGUGCGUGAGGCCUUCAACCCCCCCGAGCCAGACUUCCCUCCACCACCCCCAGACCUGGACCAACUGCAUGUGAAUGAUGAGCAGGCUCCUCCCCCUAAGCCCCCGCUGCCUGAGGGAGAGGUCCCCCCCCCUCGACCCCCCCCUCCAGAGGAGAAGGACGAAGAGUUCCCAGAUCAGAAGGCCGGAGAGGUGGUCAGCGAGCCCAUGAUGGUGGCGGCCAGGCAGCUCCACGACGAGGCCCGCAAGUGGUCAAGCAAGCCGGAGGACUCAGGGGAAGGCUUUGAUGGGGCGGAGGGUGAGGUUGAUGUAGACGAGGAGGACGAGUUCACAGACAACGAGGACGAUUAUGAGCCCGAGCUGCUGCUCAUUCCCACCAAUCAGCCAGUUAACCAGCCCAUGCUGGCCGCGGCCCAGGCUUUGCACCAGGAAGCUCGCAAGUGGUCCAGUAAGGGUAAUGACAUCAUCGCGGCGGCCAAGCGCAUGGCGUUGCUGAUGGCGGAGAUGUCCAGACUGGUUCGUGGCGGCAGCGGCAACAAGCGGGCACUCAUCCAGUGCGCCAAGGACAUCGCCAAGGCCUCCGAUGAGGUCACGCGUCUUGCCAAGGAGGUCGCUAAGCAGUGCACCGACAAACGCAUACGCACCAACCUGCUACAGGUGUGUGAGCGUAUCCCCACCAUUAGCACUCAGCUGAAGAUCCUCUCCACCGUCAAAGCCACCAUGCUGGGCCGCACCAACAUCAGUGAGGAGGAGUCCGAACAGGCCACGGAGAUGCUGGUGCACAACGCUCAGAACCUGAUGCAGAGUGUGAAGGAGACUGUGCGUGAGGCCGAGGCCGCGUCCAUCAAGAUCCGCACCGAUGCUGGCUUCACUCUGCGCUGGGUGCGCAAGACUCCCUGGUACCAGUGAGGCACCACCUCCACGCGACCCCGGGUGACCUCAACGCGACCCCGCGACCUUUCUCCUAGCACCCCUCUGCUGUGCUGUGCUGUCAGCGAGGAGGGUCGCGACAGGCCUCUCGACACCAGGCGGUCAGGACUCACUCAUUAGACGUCACUUUUCUGUGCUUGCUUUUGAACGGAUCGGUAUUGAUUGGCAGCGGUCAGUACUGGUCUGGAUUGACUGAUUACUCUCUCACUGCGUUAACUGCUGUGGCGGCCCGGGGUGUGGCCUAGGAAGUUAUGCUUCUCAUCAGAGAGGUUUGCUGUCGUCCUGUUACACUAUAGAAUACCAUCAAAUGGUUUUUGGAAUAUCUAUUUUUGCUAUUUUGAGUUUCCAGAGUUUUAUCCAAAUUCCAGGUAUUUAUACAUAUUUUUUUGCAUGCAAGAGUUUUUGUUUCUUUUUCUAUUUUUGAAAUGAUGGCGAUGGCGUUUGUCCUCUUAAAUGAAGUUUACUCUUAAUUCAGUGUUCUCACAGGAUUUUCUUAAUUAGGAAAUGUGUAUAUAUAUAUAUAUAUAUAUAUAUAUAUAUAUAUAUAUAUAUAUAAAUAUUUAUAUGUAAGUUCUACAGCUUUCUCCAAGCGAAGCGCUAUUUUAUUCACAUUCUGUUGGUUUGUCUUGCGUCAGGACCUAUAAUGUGCUGUUCACUUCUGACACCAUUUGAAGCUAUUCACAGAGCACGGGCUGGCUGCGUGCACUGCACAUGUACUAAAGCACCGUUCACCAGUUGAAAGUGUAGUGGAGGUGAUGGAGGUUGCAGCUGUCUAGCCUAUUCCAUACUUUAGUUUGCCUCGUCCAUUUUGCCUUGAUGUGCCAUGCCUGGACGUGAUGGACGCCAAAGGUUUGAUUCAUCUGUUAGGUCAUACACACUGUGCUUAUUCAUCUGUUAUAUCAGUCCAGUCCACUGCGUUCAUCUCUCUGCUGGCUCUGGUGAAAUGCUUUUGGACAGAUCAGGCUUGAAUAUGACUGUUUACUUUGCUAGACACUACAUAUUUUUUUACUAGAAUUUGAACACUUAUGUGUGAGAGUGGAAAUUAUAUUUUAUUUUUGCUGUGAGAUUAUUUCAAUAUUUUUUUGGAUAAAAAAGCUGUUAGUACAAUCGUUAAAAAAGUUGAGCUGUUUCUUCCUGUACAAUUCAAAGCCAGACCAGAGCUGACCAAUCAGAGCUCAGCAGCCAACUCUUGACCAGCGUGAUACCAGAACUCAGCCAGAACUGGACCAGAGUCCACCGGUGUCUGGGUGAGACUGGCCAGUGGUGCUGAUGGAAGUGAAAGCUGUGUGAGUGGUCUUUAUAGAAGGGGCACCGGAGUACAUGCCUGAUCAGAAAUCUGUGGGGGUGUCAGACACAUGGCCCUGGUGUUGGUAUGGGUGUCUUCAUAUGUGCCUGAUCAGAAAUCUGUGGGGGUGUCAGACACAUGGCCCUGGUGUUGGUAUGGGUGUCUUCAUAUGUGCCUGAUCAGAAAUCUGUGGGGGUGUCUGUCGCUGCCUGAUGGGCGUGUCUGUCGUGAAUGCCUCAUUUAACGAUACUGUAAUUACAAAAGACAGCGCCAAUCCAAGAUGGCAGAGCUAACUCAAAGACAAAGGCAGUAUUUCUACAUAAAACAAAUACCUUCAGGAUUUGUGCACUAAAGUUAGCGAGAAAUUAAUACUAUUAAUUCUAAAAGUAAUUUUGAGGUAUCUCUCAGGUAUCUUAGUAUGUGCCUGAUCAUAAAUCUGUGGGUGUUGGAUUCAGGACCCUGUGGAGCCGGAGAGAGGAUGCAGGACCAGAUCUAUGGAGUGUUUGCACCUGUGCUGAAACAGGAACCAGAUGCUUUAAUCUCAGGGCUGAGAACCAGAUGAGGUCAGGAUUACGGACCGUACGGGGAUUAAGAUGAGGUCAGGAUUACGGAUUGUAUGGGGAUUAAGAUGCUAUGCUGGAACCAGAUGAGGUCAGGAUUACGGAUUGUAUGGGGAUUAAGACACUGCUGGAACCAGAUGAGGUCAGGAUUAGGGAUUUUAUGGGGAUUAAGACACUGCUGGAACCAGAUGAGGUCAGGAUUACGGAUUGUAUGGGGAUUAAGACACCAUGAUGGGAAGUCACUUAUAUUCUUUGUUAAAAAAAAGUUUGGUCUAAUAAUUGUGCAUUAUAGAAAGGAAAAAAUGCUUCCCAUUUUUCCCAUUGGCCGUAAAUGUUUUUUUAUCUGGCCAGCUUCUUUGUGGUAGGCUCUGAGUGUGAGUGUGUUUUAAAAGCUGAGUCUGUGUUUGAGUGUGUGUUUUAAAAGCUAUGCGUAUUUACACAAAGGUGAAGAUGAGCACAAACCUGUCUGAUAUGCCGAGAUUCUCGUAGGCUGAAAGACUCCACUGCACAGUAGAUCGACUGAUCUCUCUCUCUGGUAAAUGCAAGCCAGCUCUAGUACUGCCUUGCGUUUACUCAUAUCCACUAGCUUUGGACUGGCUCAGGAUAGAAUAAAGAGGUUCCUACUCGGUACCAGGCUCCUUAAUGUGGGCGCACUGAGAAUAGGGAAUGUUCAUGUUCAGUUCCUUGUGUUCUGUGACUUGUGUACGAGUGUGACUGUCGUUUUGGAAUGUACGGAUGUCAUGGACACCACUGUAGAACUCUUUCUGUUCAACCCAUAAAGCUGAAUAUAGUGCCUGGGAUUGUGGGAAAUGAAGUUCUUUUAAAGUGUGUUUUCUAUCCAAACCCUUGAAACAGACCAGGAGCUUGUUGAGAGGGGUGUGAACUACAGGAAGUAAAGUCAACCAAGUGAAACCAA